AUGGCCGACAGCUGUGCAGCUCACCUGGAGCAACACAACACUAGUGACUGGGCAGCAACCUUUCGGGGCAAAUUUGACGACGUAUGCCGGCGAUUCUGGGAGCAACUGGAAGAGAAGCGUCGACUCCCUGCUCUAGCACCGGCCAAACUGGCGGCUCCACAACCUGCGCCCCCUCACAGCCAGCUGUGUCACCCAGACGCACCCACAACACCGCGGAAGCAGGCAAAAACCGGGAAGCGGCUCGGCGGAGACCUAACCCACCACAAGGUCGCCUCAACCAGCUACAACAUGUGCGGCCCCAACCAGCUACAACAGGCAAGCAGCACAGAGGGCUCUGCCAGCCGGCAACGCAGAGGCCACCCAGCAGGGCCCAAGCAAAGGCUUACCAGGCACUCAGGAGAACACCUCACAGAUCCGCUACAACCCAGGCAAGGUACCCAAGACGCGACAGAGCAGCCAUAA